AUGCGACGCGCGCGGAGCGUCACCGGCCCGCUGCGCCGGGCGCACCCCGCCUCCGGCGCCACCUGGAACGUCCAGGUGGUGCGGGGGAAGAUGAGCUCGCAGUGCCUGUGGCAUGCCUGCCGCGCGCUGUCCGCUGGCUUGCUUCUGAUGCUGCUAGGAGCGGCGAUGGCAGUGAUAGGGUACUAUGCAGACACGCUGUCGGUGGCGCAGGAGAUCCGCGGCAACUCCACCAUCUCCGUGAAGGAUGAGGCGCGCGGGUUCCACCUCAACAACCUGUCCUACGCCGGCCCUAUUGUCAUGGGGUUUGGAGGUUUCAUCGUAGUAGCUGCGUGCGUGAUGACGUUCGAGGCCCGCGACAGCGCGGCCAAGGUGACGCCCGCGCGGCCGCAGGCGAUGCCGCGGCCGGUACCCCGGCGUGGCCCACCUUGCGCGGCGCCUGCACGACUUGAUCAACUUGGAGUAUAUCGGCUGCCGCACGUUCUACCACUCCCGCACGCGCUGCCGCUGGCGCCGCUGCACAGGCACCGCGCGCCGCACGCCUCCAGAACCAGCGAUGACAGAGCCAAGAGCCGCGCGCGGUUCGGGUCUGCGCCGGACUUGCGCGCGGGAAGCGCCCGCGCAGCGCUGCCGGCGAGCGCGCUACGCCGCCCACUGCGCCGCUACGCGCUCUCCGUAGACGAGCCGCCGCAGUCCGCCGUCAGCGCUAGCGCAGCGGAGUCGGAGUGCGGGUCGCAGUCGUCGCUGGCGCUGGACCUGCACGGCAGCGGCGCGUGCGCCGGCGUGACGCUGCGCGUGCGCGACAACACGCGACGCCGCCCGCUCGCUCGUCAGCAGCGACUAAGGGAGGACACGCUGCAUCCAACACCUGGCGAAAGCAUAAACAACAUACAUAAUCCGGACGACUCCACAGUCAGAAACUACAAUAAUGAGGCAGCUAACAAAGAUUCCGUGGAGAUGGUUCACCUGUCGUCCGAUAGGAGCGACAGUGAAUUGCGCGCGAGUAGCGCCCCGCCGGCGCCCGCGCUGUGCUCGCCGCCGCCCUCGCCGCGCCUCGUGGUCACGCCCUGCGCGCUGCCCGCCACGCCUCCCUCCGCGGACACCUGCAUACUCAUAGAGCAGCCCGAGGCAGAAGCCAGCGACGAGCCGCCGCCGGCCGUCUGA